ACACUACAACGUCAUGAUACGUGGUAGUCGUAAUUUAAUAUCGCCAUCGCUUGCCUCCCAAGAAGACUUAGAAAAGGCCCAACACCAUAACCACCAUGUCAUAGACCAUGCCGGUGACAAUGAUACCAGUUUCGAAAUCGAUGAGCCCGACGAUGAAGAAGUUGACCAAGACAUUGAACAUCGAGGCAGUGUGAACACUAGCAAAAGAGGAGACUUCAAAGAAGACCUCGAUUCCGACGAGGAAGACGAUGAAAUAUCUGACAAUAAAACUGAUGGGUUAAGUACUCCCACAAAUGAAGCCAAAACACCCAAUAGACAUACAACAACAACAACAGGGAGUUCGGUAAGGAAAAAAUGUCUAACAACCACCACCACGGCCAUAAUACAAAAUGAAAGGCCAACAACAAUGGGGGCGGCGGGGGAAGACAUUGAUGUCAUCAUUAACAGCAACAGCAAUGACACCACAACUGAAAUGCCUCAAUGCAGUAAUGCAGCAUUUUGUGCCUCCAUACAAGAUGAUAUAUCCAAUGAAGAUCUAUCGGAUGCCUCUUGUGACUCAUAUACCUUUUCUUCCACACCCACCACAGCCGAUGUAGCCGAUGUCUCGGCGGCAGCAGCACUAAAUCGUUUUAGUCACAACAGCAGCAGUGGGGGCAGUAGAGGAAGCGGUAGUGGCAGUAGCACCCAUAAAGCGCCUCCCCAAAAUCAUCAUCAUCAAAAUUUACCCGCUUACCUAGGCCAUAUAGCUGCCAAUGCUGCCGAUGAUAAUAUCUCAGGUUCCUUGGCCACAACAACAACCGAAAUUGAUUUAGACAAUACCGCGAAUACCCCCUCAAUAAGUCCCAAUCUGGGAGCAAACCGUUCCACUGGCCGAGGAAGUGUGGGUCAUGGCAGUUCUGGAGUUGCACACCCCUCCGCCUCCACCUCCACGUCUCAAGCACAAACGUCCUCCAGCAAUCAUCAUCCUGCCACUCAUCGUAGAGUUAACUCAACGGUAUUGAAUAUACCCACCAUGCUUCUAACCCAUCCUAGUGCAGCUCUGCAGGAGAGUGUACCCAUACGUGGUUCCACCUCAUUAGAUUUGCCCACUACCAGUGGCGGUAAUCGUCGCAAUCAUCAGCGUUCGUUAUCAGCAGCUUCGCAUCGUUCCGUCAUUUCACAGCAUUCAGUGCACACGGCCAAUACCACACUAUCGAUUGUAGAACCAAAAAGUCGCAUAUGGAGCUCCUUGAGUUGGAUAUGUGUUCGUUUUCAGAGUUCUGGAAUAGGAGCGCCUAGUGUGCACCAUGCUAUGGUUGUGAUAUUUUUAGAAUUUUUUGCAUGGGGUCUACUGACGAUGCCCGUAAUAUCGGUCUUAAAUCAAACGUUUCCCGAGCACACAUUCCUUAUGAACGGUCUAGUCAUGGGCAUUAAGGGUAUAUUAUCAUUCCUAAGCGCACCCCUAAUUGGUGCUCUGUCAGAUAUAUGGGGUCGCAAGUUUUUUCUACUCAUAACAGUAUUCUUUACGUGUGCUCCCAUACCUCUGAUGACAAUAAAUACCUGGUGGUUUUUUGCAAUGAUCUCAAUAAGUGGCAUAUUCGCGGUAACAUUUUCUGUGGUAUUCGCCUAUGUGGCCGAUGUAACAACGGUGGAGGAGCGUUCAAAAGCCUAUGGCUUAGUCUCAGCAACAUUUGCCGCCAGUUUGGUUAUCUCUCCCGCUCUGGGAGCUGUACUAAUGGAGAGAUAUAGCGAUACACUUGUUGUGGCCUUAGCUACAGCAAUUGCAGUAUUAGAUGUGUUCUUCAUAUUAGUUGCUGUGCCCGAAAGUCUGCCGGACAAAGUAAGACCUUCAUCAUGGGGAGCGCCCAUCAACUGGGAACAAGCAGAUCCAUUUGCUGCUUUGCGUAAAGUUGGCACAGAUCAUACCGUUUUGAUGCAAUGUGUAACGGUGCUGUUAUCCUACCUGCCCGAAGCUGGCCAGUAUUCUUGCAUAUUUGUUUAUUUAAAAUUGAAAAUGGGUUUUAAUACCAUGGAAGUGGCGAUAUUUAUAGCUGUUGUUGGCAUACUCAGCAUUAGUGUACAAGUAACUCUGGGCUGUUUUAUGAGGUAA